CACACAUCGACGAAAGCGGACGAAGACUCGCCACCUUUUCUCACUCAUUUUCUCAAUCUAAAAACGAAAAGAUGUCUGACGCUGGAGAUGAAAUUCAGGUUGACGCCCCGGUCGAGGAGGUCGAGGUCGCUCAGGACGCACCCAAAGGAAAGCUUACCGUCGAGGAGGCUCUUCAGCAAGUCCUGAAGAACGCCCUCGUGCACGACGGUCUGGCCCGUGGUCUCCGUGAGGCUGCCAAGGCCCUGGACAAGCGUCAGGCGCACUUGUGCGUGCUCGUCGAGACCUGCACCGAGGCCGAGUACAUCAAGCUCAUCGAGGCGCUCUGCGCCGAGCACAAGAUCAACCUCAUCAAGGUUGGUGACCCGAAAAUCCUCGGCACCUGGGCUGGGCUCUGCAAGAUCGACCGCGAGGGCAACCCGCGCAAGGUCGUCGGCUGUAGCUGUGUCGUCGUCAAGGAGUAUGGUGUCGAGAGCGAGGGCCUGCACGUCCUGCUCGACUACUUCAAGAACCGCUGAAGAGCUGGUUUCUGGACGAGGUGUGUUUGCGCUCCCUCUUUACUACCGUCGCAUAUCGCGGCUUCUGCGGAUGACAAAUAGACUCCCUCAACUGAGCCUUCGGUCUCUGGUGAUACAGUCUAUCCGGAAUCAUUAUUAUACAUGUCUGAUACUCUUCUUUUCCUCUAUCCUUGUGUCGUUCUUUCAGUCACUGACUUGCUCUGCUCUGUCAGGUUUUUGAUAGUUUUAUUGCAUCGCAUCUAUGUAUCUGCACAAUGAAAUGUAUCACUGACCGUCACGUGCAAACUAUCCGAGCUCGAGUGUUCUCUUUGCUCUAUACUCUGAGGCCAUGACGUCUGCUCGUAUCUCGCUCAGUCUUGUCGUCGACCUCAACCCACCUGUCUGGUACCUCGCAUUCAAGAACGCCUCUAGCCGCGCGCUCGCUCGUCUCGAACUUUCGGUAGCGCGCAGGAUCAAUAGGGUCACCAGCGUUCUCGCCCAGCUAUUUCCUUCGAUUCCAAGGGCUAUGACGCGUCCAUUCCUACUGCUAACAGCUUUCUUGCCCGCUGCUCAACGUGUCAGCACAACGGAGUCGCAAGAGGAUAUUAUCACACAUGGAGCAGACCACUCGCAAAUGUGUCCCCUUAGCGAAAAACAACCUGCACCAGUCUGUGCCAACACGCUCCGUCUUUUCUCGGCGCCAAGUUCCAGCGACGUGGUUCCCCGACCGCAGCUUAACGCUCCCUCGAUCACAAACGUGCUCAUGGCGGCAUCUAUCUCACUUCUACUUCUCGCCAUUCUCUUCCUCGCGCUCAAGUGCACUCGUCAACGCCCUCGCCUUCUCCGAUCCUUGUCUUCUCAAAAAACGACUGAGAUGCAAUGCUCAAACUCCAUCGAAGAAGUCGCGCGCCUCGUCGAAAUCCCGGUCUCUGAGAAUCUAAGCGUCGUACACGCCACGCAAGAAUGGUAUCUAUUCGAGUCGGAGAAUCUGCAGUCGCGGGGCGGCACCCACUGCACUGACCGCCUGGUGCUAGACGCCCAGUCUCUGAUCAUGCCCGCCCAAGCUGCAUUCCUCGAUGACGAAUCGCCGAGGUUCCGUCGAAUGAGCGCAGCGUUCGACGUGGAGCGGAGACUGCCGUUGAUGCUAAAGGUAGGGUCGCCGUCCUCGCCGAAGUCUCGGUUCACGUUACGCGUGUAGACACAGAUGGACUUCCCUGCUGGGCGUCGGUAUUCUGCGCCCAUGGCUCUGCCCGUGCUAGAUUUCGACUCAAAUGAGGAGAGUACUGAUGAGACGCUGCCUCUGCAGACGGGCCGCGUGCGAGACAUGGCGCGAUUGUGGGGCGCGGCCCCGCCUUCGAAGCAGAACGCGAGGUAUUGGACCCAGUUUCGGCAGGGGGCAUUGGGGGAUCUAUAGGACCUGCGUUGUUUCUCAGUGGAUUGUAGAACAGCUAGAGAAGGCAAGAGGACUUGUGAAUGUAUGCACAAAUCUACGGGAAAUCAAGGGAUCCGGUCGGAUGCGUACUGAGUGUAUAUGAAUCCAAGAGCGCAGCAAUCUGCAACGCAGCAGACAGGACAUGCUUUGGGCUUGAUCUUCGGUUGCGAUGUACAGCGCCGGCAGUGCUUACCAACCAUUACACGAAACCGUUGGAAUCCGGACAAUGGGAUGAGGUUUCGCGAGUUGUUCAAGUGGAUCAUUCGCACUAGCCCCCGUGA